AUGGAGCGCCACCAAAAGACAGUCUCCAAGAUCGCGGCCGCCGUGCGGUCCUUCUUCGACCGCCGGGAGCCGUACCGCAUCUUCCACGGCUCAACUAACAGCACCCGACCCUUCCGCCGCGAUCGAUUCGUUGACAUCAGCGCCCUCAGCAACGUUCUCGAGGUGGACAAGGCCCGCCGCACCGCCCUCGUCGAGCCAAACGUGCCUAUGGACCGCCUUGUCGAGAGCACCCUUCGCCACGGCCUUGUCCCGCCCGUCGUUAUGGAGUUCCCAGGCAUUACGGCCGGCGGCGGCUACGCCGGCACCGCUGGCGAGUCCUCAAGUUUCAAGCACGGCUUCUUCGACGACACCAUCAAUGAGGUUGAGGUCGUCCUGGCCAACGGCGAGGUCGUCCGCGCCAGCCGGAGCGAGCGCGCCGACCUUUUCCACGGCGCCGCCGGCGCCGUCGGCACUCUCGGCGUCACCACCAUGCUUGAGCUGCAGCUCAUUGAGGCCAAGAAAUAUGUUAAGACGACGUACCACCGCACCCACAGCGUCGCCGAGGCCGUCGAGACCGUCCAGGCCGAGACCCUCAACGCCAACAACGACUACGUCGACGGCAUCCUCUUCUCCAAAGACCACGGCGUCGUCAUCACCGGCAAGCUGACGGACGAGAUCCCCGAAGGCAGCAAACCCCAGACCUUCAGCGGCGCCUGGGACCCCUGGUUUUACAUGCACGUCAAGGACCGCACGCUCGCUGCCGGCUCGGGCCAUAGCGACGCCGCGGCGCCCGUCGUCGACUUUGUGCCGCUGGCCGAGUAUCUCUUCCGCUACGACCGCGCCGGAUUUUGGGUGGGCGCCGCCGCCUUUGACUACUUCAAGUUCGUCCCCUUCACACGCUUCACCCGUUGGUUCCUGGACGACUUCUUGCACACCCGCAUGCUCUACCGCGCCCUGCACGGCAGCGGCGAGUCGGCUCGCUUCGUUGUCCAGGAUCUGGCCCUGCCCUACAAGAACGCCGAACGCUUCGUCGACUACACGGCCGAGAGCUUCAACAUCUGGCCUCUAUGGCUAUGUCCGCUGAAGCAGACGGCCCCGCCGACCUUCCAUCCGCACACGGGCGAGGUCGAAACACUCCCCACGGCGCCGGCGGACGGUAGCUCUAGCAGUGCCGGCGACAGCACGGUGACGGCGCCGAAGCCUAUGCUCAACAUUGGCCUUUGGGGCUGGGGCCCCGCGAAUCCGGACGAGUUCGUGGCCAAGAACCGCGCGCUGGAGCACAAGCUGCGCGAGCUGGGCGGCAUGAAGUGGCUGUACGCCCACACGUACUACACCGAGGACGAGUUCUGGCAGUCGUACGAUCGGAAGUGGUACGACGGCCUGCGCGAAAAGUAUAGCGCCAUGACGCUUCCAACCGUUUACAAUAAGGUCAAGGUCGACGUCGAGGCGCGGAAAGAGGAGCUCAAGAGCUGGCGCAACGUCGUCAAGUCUAAGCCGCCCAUUGGAGGGCUCUACGGCAUCUACAAGGCCAUCCAGAGCAAGGAUUACCACCUGCAUCGCCGUGCCGAGUGGAAGUACAAGGGUGGGGAGUAA